GUUGAUCUUUUUUCAAAUUUUUGUUUUUACCCGUUGCUCGAUGUUGGAUAUACCGUAUAUACACGCGUAGCUUCCAGGAUGUUCAUUCGUUUCCUUGUCAGUUUAAUCAGCUUGUUUGCUCGAGACUCAGCAAAAUCGCCUUUUCUCGUUCGUUUGGACAAUUGUUUCUUCUUCUUCUUCUUCUUUGUCUUAUUAUUAUUAUUAUUAUUAUUAUUAUUAUUGUUAUUGUUAUAUGUUGUUUGUUCUUGUUUGUUUCUCGUUUCUCCUUUUCUUUUUCUACUCGUUAUUAGUGUAAGAUCGCUGUUAUGCUAAAAGUUACAUUUGCAUGAUGUGUAUUAUUUUUAUGACACGAUCGAUAUUAGCAAUUGACACUAACGUUGGAAACGAUGGCGAUGUUUUUGAUUUUCGAUAUUAACGAUUUUUACUUAGCGUCCCGAUGUCUCCGCGUUUCUCGCUAGGAUUUUGUUCCAGUUUAGUUGCUAUUUAACAAAGUUUUAUCUUCGAGCUUCUCGUUUUGUUUUUCUGUUACGUAAAUGGUAGCGUAGAUCGGGAGAGCCGAUCGUAAAGGACUUCUUUUUCUAACUGAAACGCAAUUUCAGUCGUUCGGUACGCGCAGUGUAGAUCUACCGUUCGGAGAAGUUACACCGAUUUCCACGACAUAAUGUCGCGAUACACAAGAUCGCAGUAUCGUACUUUGCGUUGCCAAAUAUUUUUCCAAUCAAAUUCUUUGAAUAUUUCCGACGAGACAGCUUUCCACUCGAAUUUAUUUGCUUAAUUCGUCUCGCGUCUUUAUUAAAUACUCUCCGCGGCAAAAAUUUGUUAACCGAAAUAAUAAUAAUAAUAAUAAUAAUAAUUAUUAUUAUUAUUAUUAUUCACCACGUUUUCCAGUUUAUUCGUCGAGAUUCUCUUUGCUUUUAAAUCCGACCAAUUUCACGUGGACCAUCAUGGUGUCGUCAUUUUACGCUGCAAACUAACGCGCUCGUUCCAGCAAAUUACGUCGGAAAAGCCUACAAUACUAUCGCGUUAACUAUUCAAGAAUCUCGCGUACGAUCGUUUCGAAUAACAAUACAACUUUUUAAUUCUCCUCUUUUGUCGCGGAAUUCGUAUUUAUGUCAGUCGUGUGACGCGAUUCCGGUUGGAAAAUUAUUCUGGAAACAUUAUCCGUGAAAAGAAGCGGAAAUUCAAUAGAUGUUGGCUGAAUAAAAUAUUUGUUUGCAUUAUUACUACUUGAUUUAUGAGAUAAUGCGCAGAAUACCGCAAAUGACGGCGACAAAUAAUAUAUUUCCUCGUUUCGCUACGUUCGUUACGUUCGUCGAAGCAGCCUGACGCGCGCACGGCGAAUCGAUAAAUUGUUUAACAAAUAACCCCAUCUGCAAAGGAUAUUUUCAACGUUAUUUCUUUAAUUCUUCCUUCCUUCUCGUAUUUUCAAAAUAUCGUUCACCCGCCAUUACACGUUCCGUGUUUCGUCAUGUUACGUUCGAUGUCAGCGAGCAAUUAUUAAUUCGAACGUAUAAAAUCGUCUUGCUGGCAUAUCCGAGUGCGAGAGAGGAGCCGAUCGAUCGACUUAUUAACGGAGAUAUUUGUCGCGUUAUUUUUACGCGAAUUCGCUCGACGGACGAACGACGAGAGGGGAUAGACGAAGCACCGACGUAAUCAGAAGUCCGCCGGUUGUUUUGGAAAUUUUUUAACCGGAACGGUCAUUAAAAUGAUUACUGUUUCCCCUGCACGGUUUCCGCGUAGCGACGAACGCGUGCACCAACUUUCGCAAAUAAUGAGUUUUGAACUCGUCCAUCGCCGGAUCUAUUUAUUAAACAUUACAAAAUGCGCUGCAAUUAAGUGGCGCGCUUCAGGCUAUCCCAUUCAAACUCCUAUGCUCGAGUUCGUUUCGUUUACCUUUUCUUCUCUUUUCCUCCGUCGUUCUUUCGUUUCUCUUUUUUUUUUUUUUCAGACAUUUUCAGAUAAAAAUUAAAGACGGACUACGCGGAUAAAUAGCAAGUUAAACAUCGCGCGAUGAACAAUUCCGCUCGACGAUUAAUCGUAAACGAAAUCAAAGAAACACGUAGCAACGGUUUCAAACCGACAGGAUCUUUCGUUUUCGUUUGGUGAUUUUUCAUAUUUUUUUCAGCUGAAUUUUCACGUUGCGCACGGUCGAACGCAAUUUCAUCUUUAACUUCGAUGCUUGUCCCGUUUCACAGACGAAUUCUGAAAUUGCAAGCGUUUCCGCGUAUCUCAUUACGAAAAUUUAUCGUAAUCCCCACACUCCACUUUGUCCCGAUUCGUUCAAAAGCUCGUUCCCUCCGCGGAUGAAUAUUAUCUUCGUUAAUUUAUUAAGUAUCACGUGGAAGGCACGACACGCGAAAGCAAACGUAUUAAUAUGCGCGCGAUAAUUACGAUACCAUUGUGCGUAGCUUCGAGUUGUUCCCAUCGGCUAUCGAUAUCUUCCUGUGUUGUCUCUAUUUCUCUCCCCUUUUGCUCUCGUUCUUCUCCGUCCCACGGUACUCUUUUACUUGUCUUUCGCGAAUUUCUUACCUUAUAAUUACGCUGCGAACAGUAUUUCGAUAAACCGUCUUCUGGUAGAUAUUCGGUUGGCAACUAAGUGACUGCGGAUUUUGGCAUUAGAUGGUAAUGACAAAACCCGCAAUCACUCGGUUGCCAACACGAUACAUCGGAUCGAUCAAACGUGUACAUCAGCCGGCGAAAUCGUUCGAGUAAACUCGUUUCCAAAAAUCUUUCACGAGUUCGCUGCGUCUAUACGUAAUACGAAAGUUUUUUCAAAUUUCUCUCGCGCGAUAACGUUUCACGCGAAUCUAGAAUUUUACGUAGCAGUUGUAGGAUAUUUGAUGGAAUAUGGGAUCUGGAGUUUUCACGCCGCGGGUGAACUUUGGGGUGACCCGCGUCUCGCCCGAAGGCACCCGAUUCUACCAUCAAGCGCGACACAGUUGCUGCCGAGAGCCGCGUUCGCCCUGAGCGGACUCCACCGACCGGACAUGGUGCCGUUGCCGUUGACCUCUGCCGGGCCGCCGUACGGACCUAUGGAAUUGGUGACGAAAAGGGACGGUGAACGAGUCGCGGAGGAGAACGAGGAGAAGGAAGAGAAACAGGACGACGACGAAGGGAACACCGAUCGAGCCGACGAGAACGAUAAUCAGACCAGCGUACCGAAAGAAAAUGACGACAACGAAGACGCUGGAGACGAAAGCGACACCGGAAGUACGAACAGCUCGCAUCGCUCGGCCAACAAUAAUUUAUCCACGAAGCUGCUCGAUCCCAUGUCCUAUCUGACUUUCGACAAGGAUGGAACGGUUACACCGGUUCUUAAUGGCUGGGUCCUCGGCGCUUAUACCGCCAUGCUUGGAAGACUCUCAGCAGCGACCGCGGCUCUCGAAGCUACGGAAAUCCCCAACAUUCCGUCUGACAGCGACUCCGAGAGCGAGCAUUCGUCUUACACCGAGAAAUCUCGAGGUAGCAGUCCGAACGUAAGCAACGCGCAUCGCGGUUAUUCCUGUGGUUCCUGUGACGUGGUGGCACCAACGAGGCCAGCUCUGCGAAAGCAUAUCGUCGAUUGUCAUCCACCGGUACCCAGCGCGGAAACCGGAGAAACGAAAAGUUGUCCGUCCUCGGGCUGUGACUUCACCACGAACAGCAGAUGUGAGAUGGAGACUCAUGUAGCUGCACACGUGGCACAGGGUAUGACGCCCACAGGGAAGAAGCGUACACUGGCUUUGCAACGCGUCAGGUAUAGAUAUGAAAGGGAGGAGUAUCGGUGCUCGUUAUGCUCGUACGCGUGCACCAUCGAGAAAGCGUUCCAGAGGCAUUUGAGGGCACACGCGAAAGGCACGGCGCCGGAAACGAGGGUGAGCUGCGCUGUGUGCGGCGCGGACAGAUCGUCGGAAGUAGAUCUGAGCAGACACAUGAGAAGGCAUCGCGACGACCGAUACUUUUGCUGCGACAUUUGCAUCUUUCGCACGGUACAGUUAAAAAAGCUCAUCCAACACCGACGAAUGCACACGGGCGAGAAGCCACACCUUUGUCCACACUGUGCGUACCGAAGUGCACGCCGUGACAAUCUGCGUAGCCACGUUAGACGAGUGCACAAGAAGGAGAAUUUAUAUUGCGACACGUUCAGUCCACGCGGUAUGCUGUUGACACCCACUGUCAUCGGAAGGGACAGUCCUCUGGUGCAGAGCCCGGAAUCCUCGCCGUCGUCCAACUCGGAAUCCACGAACUAGCGAAGCAACACGCGACAGGAAGCUUGAAGAGGAACGUGGAAGUUGUGGCCGGGGAUCGAGCGGUUCGUCGUUGUUUUACACGUCCUAACUUUGUCAAUACUGCGACUUAUAGAUUUUAGAAUCGCGGAGGAGAUUUUACAUCGGCAACGAAGAUCGUGUCAUCGCUGUACGAGCUGCUUGGAAAAUCGGCGUGUUUGAUCGUUUUGAAGAUGUUGUAAAAUUAUUAGCAUCGAUACGCUAUCUUAAAGGUACAUAAAAGGAGGAUAGAUAGCCUUGGAAUGUAUAAUUUAACGAAAUUGGAUGAUCGGCAAAGCGUGGAAUUAAUUUAGAUUUAUUUUUGAAAUUUAGUUAAAUUUAAGCGAAAGCGAACGAUAGAGGAAAUUACGCGUACAAGAAGCUUUAAAUACGCGAGAUUAUGAAUUUCAAGCGAGACUAGCGACGGUGAAAAUAGUCAGAAGUUGUAACAGUAAUUUGGAAAGGAUUGCAACUCGGUUUUUAACUCCGCUAUACGAAUUAUAUGCCUACGAUCCUGAUAAUAGACUAUAAUAAGAAGUAUACGAGUAAUAAUAAUAAAGACUCAACUAGGGAGAGUGUGUGCAACUUCUGGCUAAUCACGAUCGACCUUGCCCUUAGUACGUAGGAAUUAUGUAGAGAAUUGCAUGCGAACGUCGAUAAUUCAAUCUAGUCUUUGAAUUCUAACGUGAUCUUAUUAUUAGCUGAUUUAAUUAUCAAAGUCUGUUCGUUGAUCAGAACGUUGAUGAACGAAACUAAAGCUGCGCAAUGGUGCUAGAGUCGUAGACUGGAUUAUAGAGGAAGACUGAAGUAGAUGCUUUCACGGUGUGAUAUUCGUCCUUUGUUUCCCUUUACGCCGUGAUUUAAAUGUACUUGAAUCAGCGAUUAUUAAGACUGCUGUCCUGAUGGCCGGAGAGAUUCUCAGAUAUUACAGAUCGAUACGUCUUACGAUUAAUCGAUUAACGAUUAGAUAAACGAUUAGGUAAAAUUCGAAAAGAAAGAAACACGUAAAUUUAGCGAAAACCAACUUUAUAUGUAAUUGGACGAAUUUCGUGCGAAGAUCAUAGGCGAGGGACACGAUAAGCGUACCCUUUGUUGAUUUUCUAAUUUUCACGUCAUUUUAUGAUCUUUCAUAUCUGUGUCGAACGGAAGAAUUUUAACGUGCCAUAGCUGAGAAUGAAAACAACCAGUUAGGUUCAAAGAUGUGAGUUUUUUAAAACGAAUUAAUAAGUCGGUGAAAGAUAUAAGAUCGGUUUGUGAAAGAUAUAAGUAUUGAGACAAGCGAUAUUUUAAUAUGAUAUAGACAAAUUUCGAAGAGAAUGGAAACCGACUUCUUUUUAUAACUGUUCUCUUGCAAAGAGUAGGAAAUGCUACUUAUCAUCUUGCUCGCCUAUAGUCCUCGUACUCGAACGUGUAAUUCAGCGAAUUAAAUUUGUUACAGGAAUUAAACGUAUCGAUAACACUUAUUUACGUAAUAGGAAAUCUCUGGUCUGUAGGAAAGGUGCUAUUUUGCGAAGAUGAUUUUACCGUCGCGUCCUUCCAUAUUUAAGCUUCGACUAUAAUUAUAAUUGUCCAGCCGUCUAAUUACGAUCGUUGACGGUAUCAUUGACAAUGAUAUACAUUGUUAUUCUUAUUAUUACGUAUUAUUACACAUGCUAUUAUUACUGUUUAGCAUAACACGAACGCGGUACUAUUCUUACGGGGUAAUGGAGAUCGCAACGAUACGUUACUAUGUAAUAGCGUGUAUACGGUGUGUUCGUUAAUUGAGGAAAGAGCAGUCCGUGGUAAAUUUUAUCGAAUUUUUCAUAUAGAUAACGAUAAGUGACGUGAAAGUCUUCUGUUGGCGGUCGAUGAUAUAAUAUACGUUCGCUUUAAAUAACUUAGGUAAAAAGAGAAAAAAGCAAAAAACGAAGAAAAAAUAUGCAACAACAGCGUUGUUUAACUUUUUCUCACGUGUUAGAUAAAAGGAAAAAAAAAUAGCUAAGGAAUCGUACAAGCGUGUGCAUCGAGCACAGAGUGCAGGACUUUCCAACGAAACUACAAUACGCAAGCAAACUUCUUAUGUGUCUCAAGUAUAACUCUUAAGUCGAAAGCUAUAGUAGUUCGAAAUGCAAACUAUUAAACGAUUGUCGUCUGUAAUAAGCAAAUUCACCGACGUUCUCCCGAGAGGGAACAUCGGUUUUACUCUGUCCUCACUUGACGCCUAUGGAAAUUAUUAUUAAAAUAUUGCAAAUUUUUUCUCUCUUUAGGAUCGAACACCGUCCCCGAAAUGAAACGAUUCGAUUUGUCUGUCGUGCAUUUUCUGCGAGAAAGAAAAAAGCAGAGAAAAGGGGGAGGCGAUAAGGCGAAGCCCAAUAUACAUAUAACAUAAAUGUGUGUCAAUUUUUAAUGUAUCAUAACUACGUUCUAGUCGAUAACGGUUUUUAUGGGGGGGAAGAUAACAAGGCACGGGAAGAGGAUCUAUGCUCCUCGAUGCGCAACGUUAUGGCUGCGAUUAGUACGCUACAUUUUUUCUCGUCCGAGACGGCCAUAUUUUGCGUUUCGCAAAAUAAGAAAAGAACGAAUAAGAAGCGACUGAAUUACGGCGGAGAAAAAUUAUUACGAUCGAUCGAAUCGAUAAAAGGGACGAGCAUCGAACGAUUUCCACUGUGAGAAUUUUAAGUCGUUGAUAAGCUCGAACGAACGUUCGAAAUUAUUUCCACGAACCACGUAGCAUUUCGAAAGUUGCUUGUAUCGUUGCUUAAAAUAAUUAGCUCCAUUUGUUCGAAUUUCUCAAUAAAGAAUUGGCAUUACGUAGUUUGGAAUUAUCUUAAACGUGCAAAUCAAAGACCGAGUACGAUCACUUCGGUCGUUUUUUAGCUACGACUUUAAUCCUCUGACUAUAAUAAGAUAUCUUAAUAAUUUAUAUGUAUGACAAAUUAUAAUUGAAAUUUUCGUAUACGAGGAAACUUCGUUAGAAUUUGUCCAUCUUUAUUUCGAGUAAAACAACGUUCCCGUUGAUAAUCUUAAUUUCUACAAUGUAGUCGCGACACUCUGGUUGGUUUAACGCGCGAGCUGAAAUUCCAAUUUUCUCGUACACGUUCCAAUUGAUAAGUUUGAAGAUGUAAACGAUGCUCGUAGAAUUGGAUCGAUCGUAAGAAGAAUCAUCAACGUCACCUAGAGCCUGUACACAUUUUCUCCGCCUACUAUGAUACGUGUGUUACGUGUACAGUAUACAAUACUUUCUUGCUUUUUGAUAUACGUAUAUUACAUUCGAAACGAUACUUUAUAUUUGUGAGACGUUUAUUCCAACGGCGUGCGCGGCGAGUUCGCCAUAUCUUUUAUAAAAGCGUAGUAUGAUUUUACACGUAAUAAUUAUGACGCACGUGUGCAACGUGGCUCCCUUGGUCGUACAAAAAGACAAAAAAAGAGAAAACAGAAAAGACAAAAAGAUGUAAAAAAAAAAAAAAAAAAAAAAGAAAGAGAGAAAGAGAAAGAGAGGGAACCGAAGAGAUAGAGCUAAGGAAGAUCCGUCGUUUCUUUCGUUUUUUUUUUCUUUUUUUUUUUCGAACUUUCGUGCAUGCACGCGGAUGCGAUGCUCUGCCCUACGCGUGAUAAUAGUAUUUUUGGUACACGGUCGUGCCACGAUAGCAGCUUCCGAUCGGAACGGAUAUCGCGGAACGACGAUUGUUGAUCGUUGGUAUAUCGGUGCGUUGCGUAUUGUAUUUAUAAUGAUAAUUCUAUUUUUGAUAACCGCUCGAUUGAUUAUUCCAUUUUAGAUGUUGAUCGUUCUACGAGGCCGCGUUUAGAAUAAUUUUCAUAGCUUUUAAGAUACGUCGCGGGAACGAGCAACCGAUACGAUCCUUUCCUUUUAUUCGCAUAAGCAUCGUUAUAGAACGACUUGGUCCCAUGGUCCAUGUGAAACGUCUCGGACGUAGAUCAUUUCGAAACGACGAGAGAACAAGAAGAAGAAGAAGAAGAAGAAGAAAACAAAA